AUAUCGUCGUCAGGCUGGCUGGCACAGCCAUGGCGUUCACCUUUGCGGCCUUCUGCUACAUGCUCACCUUGGUGCUGUGCGCCGCUCUCAUCUUCUUCGUCAUAUGGCAGAUCAUUGCAUUUGAUGAGCUUCGCACAGACUUCAAAAACCCCAUUGAUCAGAGCAAUCCCACCAGAGCGAGGGAAAGGAUUCUCAAUAUCGAAAGAAUCUGCAACCUGCUUCGCAGAUUGGUGGUACCGGAGUACUCUAUCCAUGGGCUCUUCUGCCUGAUGUUCAUGUGUGCUGGAGAGUGGGUCACACUUGGCCUAAAUAUCCCGCUGCUCUUCUACCAUCUGUGGAGGUUUUUCCACCGGCCAGCCGACGGGUCAGAGGUCAUGUACGAUCCUGUCAGUGUAAUGAACGCUGACAUUCUCAACUAUUGUCAGAAGGAGUCCUGGUGUAAGCUGGGCUUUUAUCUGCUCUCUUUCUUCUAUUAUCUCUACAGUAUGGUCUAUGCCUUGGUGAGCUUCUAACAGACAGGAGAUCUGGAGAGGGGGAAAAAAGGAAAUAUAUAAAAAGACACAGAGGAAUAAAUGGAGACAUCAACUCUUCCUCUCUCCAUGUAUCCUUCCCAUCACUGGCUUGGGUUUUCAACUGUCUAACUUUGGGACAAAACAAGAAGACCAAUCUGAGUGAUAAUGUGAAUGUAAAGGUGUUGCCUCCACUCAAUUAUAUCGCUUUAUCCCAGAUACGGCUGUCGGACAGCUGGACAAAGUUUUGAAGGAUUGAAAUGAAACAGAAAGAGGACGCAGCUGGUGUUUGUGUUGCCUUUGACCCAUUAUAUGAUUUAUCAAUAUUUCUGAAGGGCUGGAGUUAUCCCAUGCUGCUCUUACUGAUCCAGUCGCUCAUCUCACUGUGAUUCUCCGAACACUUAGUGGCUGGAAAACAAAACAGUACGUCUGUAUUCUAUGACUUUGGAAAUGUACUAAAAGCAGGAUUGUUUUGGCAUUGUAUUUAAGAUGAUAGACCUCUAAUAUCAAACCACUUUUUUGAUUGUGUUACAGGUACAUAAAACUGUAAGAAGCAGGUUAAAUUUUACAGGAGAACUUAAAAGCACUGUAUGGCAGGGAAAUAACAGACUGGUGUGUGCACAGACACUUUUAACUGGGAUGGAGAUGAAGCAUAGACCAACACGUCAUUUCCUCAACGCCAGUCUCUGCCAAAAGUCAAAGUCACACUGUAAGAAAAACAACAAGGAAUUAAUCAUAAGUUUGACUUCAAGGGUCAAUGCUUGUCAUGUGUGAGCAUUCAAAAUUAGUAUGUCCAUAGCUGUAAGGAUGCAUUUUAUGCUACAUGCUAGGUUCAUGCUUUCCAAAGAGCUUCAUGCUCAGACAUAAAAUGCCAAAAGUUUACAUCUGAAAAACAUUGUGCCAAAUCAAAAAGUCAAUUAGGAGUGAAAAAAAGUGAUGAGGUUAGAAAGUAUCUGCAGUAUCUUCAUCUACAUGCUAAGGUGCUGUAAGGCUGUGUCUUUAGUCUCACUUUUGAUUUUGGCACAAUGUUUUUUUCUUGAAAAAAAUAGAAAAAAAAAACUUUGUUCUGUUGUAAUUUUUAGUGUGCAGGGAGCGCCUUAUUCCUAUUUCCAGUGAAGUUUACUCUUACUCAUCUGCAUCUAUACUAUAGUCAUUUUAGCACAGCAACAUUUCUCUGAUCCGAGGUAGAAUAUAGAAAUCUUAUGUACAAAAAGCAAUUAAAAACAAGCAAACUAGCAAUGUAAUACGAUUCAUGAGACAUAUCGAUGCAGUGUUAUUCAGUGUAUGUAAUAACAGUGAGUGGGACACGAGUGGCAGAUGAGACAAUAGUGACUCUAUGACAAUGUUUCAGUUAUUUCAGAAGUGUAAAGACAGUGAAGUCAUCUCAAUACGUCUUCAAUCACACAGUAUCAGAUGGGACAGACACGAGACAUUAAUGUUGCUAUGAUGACCAAGACUUGUAAACAGCACAGCCUUUUGCUCAUCUGGUGCUGCCUUUAUGUGUUCAUGAGUUUGAUCUAUUUGUAGAUAAGUGAUGGUUCAAAUGUGUGAUUUUAACAUCAGGAGGAAAGCAGAAACUCUGGGGCCUGAAAAGAAACUGUGAUGUUUGUCACUGGCUCCACUUGUAGAAAAUGGUGGUGAUGAUAUGUCUGGUAUAUUUACUAAGUAAGUCCUGAAUACUGCAGCCUACUGAAGUAGUUUAUAAUUAUGUCAAAUGAAUUACAAUGAAAAUUCACAGCUUAAUAUGAGUUUACAUGAAGAUUCAACAGUACUGAUAUUGAACUGAUACUGACAUUCUCAUUCUUAAAUGGGAAAAAUCACUUCUGGACACUUUCAUAUGGAGCACAGAUUUAGUCUUUAUUAUUGUACUGUUUAAAUCAUUUUGCAAUGCGUUUUGUGUAAGUUAGCAUAAUAUGAAACUUACAUUUAACAUGGAAGCCCAUACUAUGGAUAUUGAUUUGAAUUAAAUACCAAUACCAGGAUUAAAGAAUAAGACUGGUCUAAUUCUAUAAUUUUCUUAUUGUCAGCGGAUCCCUUGAAAAGACUAAAUCCAAUAAUAUGUUGAUCUGUUUCUCAAUACUUUCCAACUUCCCUACCCUGUAUGUGGUACUCGGCCACAAGCGUGUUUGCUAUUACUGAAAGCAUGAAUCUUUAAAAACAGUUCAUAGUUUCAUUUUUACAAAAGGCUCAGUAGGUUCAUAAAACAGUUGGGAUGUAGUUUUAAGCAGAUGUCUGUAAAAAUAUAGUAAACAAGAGUAAAGUAGUCUUGAGGACUACUUUCAGCAGUGGAUUAAUACACAUUUACAAUACACAAUACGCUAGUGAGUAUUUACAGCAGCAG